AAAAUGCCCCUUCUAGAAAUGUCAAGUGCGGUUUUGCCCAACCUCGUUCUGGCUCAUUUUCAUGAAGCUGAAGAAAGCUUUGGGUGUGUGUACAUUUUUCGCAUCGUAUUUCGAGUCGUAAAAUCGAUUUUUGAUCAAUUUUUGCGGUAUUAUCCGCUAACAGCACCGGCCAAGUUUCGUUCUUCCAAACAUGGGUCGCUCGAGAUCCCGCAGCCGGUCACCCAAAAAGCACAAAAGCAAGCACCGCAAGAGGAGCAAAUCUCGCUCGUCCUCGUCCCAUCAUCACCGCAGCAGUUACGAUAAAUACAGAGAGCGCAGCUCGAAAUCCAGAAAACGAUCGCUAUCCGAAUCCUCCGACAGCAGCAGCGAUGGAUCGAACAGUGGGUCCCGGCAUCACCACAAAAAGAGCUCCCGCAGCCGGAAGCUAACCGAGGUCGAACGUUUGGCCGAGAUGGAACGCCAGAGAAGGCAGAAGGAAGCUGAACAAAAGAUGAUCGAAGAGGAAGCAGCCAAACGGAUAGAGCUGCUAGUGAAGAAGCGUGUCGAGGAGGAGCUAGAAAAGCGAAAAGACGAAAUCGAGAUGGAGGUGCAGCGGCGCGUUGAAGCCGCCAAAAAGCAGAUGGAACAGGAGAUGAUGCUCGAGCUGGAAAAGCGAAGGGAGCAGGCACGGGAGGAGGAACGGCGGCGUGAGGAGGAAGAGCUUAAAAAGCGCCAGGAACUCGAGAAUAUUCUCGCUGAGAAUAAUCGCAAAAUAGAGGAGGCCCAGCGCAAGUUGGCCGAAGAUCGUCUUGCGAUUAUUGAAGAGCAAAGAAAGAUGGACGAAGAGCGCCAAAAGAUGCGCAAAGAGCAAGAGAAACGCAUCAAAGAGGAACAGAAGAUGAUCCUGGGCAAGAACAAUUCGAGACCAAAGCUUUCGUUCUCGCUGAAACCGGGUGUGUCGUAAAUAGGGUGGCAACAGCGUAAAGUGUUUCGAUUGCGCCGUGGCGGCAAUGGAUAGUGUCUAACCAUCAUCCAUCAUAUGCUGCGGUGGGGUGCUGGGAACGGAAACGAAACGCCAACCAUGCUCCAUCCUUCCUCCCUUCCUUUCUGUUUGUAUGGCGCUCUACGUUCUCUCGUUCACUUUUCAUGUGCAUCCAUCAUCCAUGUAAGCAGUAGGAUGUAAGAAUUUACUAGGAUGUCUUUGAAAGCAACCCUAUUAGGCAAUCCUUCAACCUAGCAUAAGUAGUGGUAGCGUUAGCUACCAUUUCCCGCGCGGACUGUAACGUACUGUUCCUUGUUUGGAAAGGAAUCACUAAUGCAAUCUGCUUCACUCCUGGUGUGACAUAUCGAUGCACUGUACUACGUCUGCCUAAAUUGGCUUACAAGGUGUAUGUUUAUCACGCAGCCAGACGGUGUUCUUUCUUUGCUACUCAGAAGCCCACCCGCUGGUCAGUAUUGGUGGAGGUGUGGUGUGCGCAUGUAAGAUCCUUCGCUCAGUCACACACUUUUGCAAUGGGAAAAAAGCGAUAUCAUUUUCGGGGUUUAUGCGUAGUUGGUUUUUUUAUUUGUUAUUUGUUUGCUACCAAAUAACAAACGGGUUCUGGUUCUGGUUUGAACAACAUGCAGUGCACACCGUUUCACACACAAUGGUUGAAAGUGCAGAUAUAGAUAAGAUAUUAAGUGGAUCGCGUAUCGCGGUUUUGUGGUUUCUUCCAUUUUGUAAACGAUCUUUUUGGAUGCGAUCGGACGGGUUUUAAAAUCUUUGAGCCCGUCAUGAUCUUUUUUUAUCUCUUAUCGGAUCGAUCGGUCUUUGUUGCCAUGUUGUUGUAACUAGUUGUGUAGAAAACGUAAGAAACUCUCUUUUCCAUCGCUCGGCACUCAGGGUUGCUUGCGUAUUUGCAGGCAGCUCCGUGUAGCUGCUCUACCAACAUUGAUUGUACAUUUGUUAAUUGUUUUUAUGUUUGCAUUUCUCAAUUUAGUUUCUGCAAUAAUCCAUCAUUAAACCUUUGACUUGAAGGAACCCUAAAUUUGGAACAGCAAUACAUUUUCCAAUUGAUGAUGUGUGUCUCGUUUCUUUUUGUAACCCGGUUUCUCUCUGCAAGACAAAUGAGUGUUAUUCUAAAUCAAACCUUUCAACGAGGAAAGUUUGCUAAAAAAAAAAUCUCUGUCGAAUCGUUCGCAAUUCUUUGCAAGGCAAUAAUGACGCGCAUUAUGGAGGUAUCGGAGCAGUGAAAAACAUAAUGACGAUAACCUUGAGUCAAGUAAUAAACAUCGGAGUAAGGGUUUCCCUUCAUUUACUAAAA